AUGAAUGAACAUGAUUUGGCUCAUAGACUCUACCAAUGCUUGAAGAGGAAGAGGUACCUUAUUAUCUUGGAUGAUAUUUGGGAUGUUGAAGCAUGGUGUGACUUGCGAAAUUCAUUCCCUAAUGAUGAAAACGGAAGUAGAAUUCUCCUGACCAGUCAAGAAGAGAAUAUAGCUUCGCAGAUCCAACCACACACUCGACCUCCUCAUUCUCUUCGUUUCCUCACUAGUGAUGAGAGUGUGGAAUUAUUAUGGAAAAAGAUGCCUUUUGUGGAAGGCAGUCCUUCAGAAGUACUUGAAUGUGGGAAGACAAUAGCAGAACGUUGCAAGGGAUUACCGUUGAUGAUUAUAGUUAUUGCCGGACUUCUAUCAAAGAUGGAGCCAAGUACUUGGGGAGAAGUUGAAAAAACUCUGAACAAAGGUAUAGAUCAGUGCAAUUAUACUAUAGAGUUGAGUAAUCAACAUUUGCCUGAUCAGUUAAAACCGUGCUUUCUUUACUUCGGGGCAUAUGAGGAGGACCAACAAAUUCCUGUGCGGGAGAUGUUAUGGUUAUGGAUUGCAGAAGGUUUCAUCAUUAACACUGGAAAAGAUUGCAUAGAGGAUGUUGCAGAGGGUUACAUGAUGGAGUUAAUACAGAGAAACUUAGUUAUGGUUGCUGGGAAAGAACCUGGAGAUAAGAUGAAAUUUUGCAUCCUCCAUGAUGUUUUGCGCGACUUUUGUAGAGUGGAGGAUUUUGUAGAAGCCAUGCUGCUUUGUCUCCGUUUACGCACCUUGUUCUUGGACACUGAUCACAAAAAAAGGCUUCCAUUUGUGGAACCAUGGGAUGACAUCCUAUAUAAGUUCUUUCUUGUUGAGUUGAGGUACUUGGCCUUUUUUGCCAGAGAAGAUGUGGAAAUCCCAUCAUCAAUUGAGCGUCUCCAAAAUUUGGAAACUUUUAUCGUGGAAGGAUACCAAAACCUGGUUGUUCUACCAGGCACUAUCUGGAAUAUGAAAAAAUUAAGGCAUCUAUAUAAAGCUCAAGUUUAUUGUUGGGUUUUGCCAAGAGAGAAUCCUCAACAUCGACCCAGUUUGGAGAAUUUGCAAAUAUUAUCCCCUGUAACGCUCGAUGAUUGCCAAGAACUGAACGAAGUAAUCGGGAUGUUUCCCAACAUUCGGGAACUUAAAUGCGAAGUGAAAACAGCCACAUGGACCUUAGCACUAGAUUGUUUGAGCCAACUUGAAUCACUUUCGUUCCAUACUUUAGAGUAUCUGGACUUUCAAUUUCGGUUUCCCCAGAAUCUAAAGGAGCUGACACUCUCAUGCAGGAGUAAAAUUUCUGCAAUUCAUAGGCUACCAAAUCUGGAGGUUCUCGAGUUACUAUUCAGGACAUUUGCUGGGGAAAACUGGGACAUGGAGGAGGAAGAAGAAGAAGAAGGAACAAUAAUAUUUCCCAAUCUCAGAUUUCUAAAAUUGUAUUGGGUGAGCUUAGCUAGAUGGACGGGUGAAUCGGAUGGAAUUUUCCCGUGUCUUGAGAAAUUAGUAUUCGAAGACUGCCAUGACUUGGUGGAGUUACCGUCCUGUUUAGCUCAAAUUCCAACACUUGAGACGAUUGAGGUAAUCCGUUGUGGGAAAGCCAUAAUUGAUUCUGUAAAGCAAAUUCGGGACAUACAGAUGGAAUUCGGGAAUGAGGUAAAGAUCUUUACUCAAUCUUGGGCUUCAGAACCAAAACGACUAUUAGGCGAUGAAUCAGAAGUGAUUCAAGCAGUGUUGACUCGAGCCCAAAUGAACGGGGUGAAGUUUGAGGUGCCCAGUAUUGAUGGCGGAACCAGCAAAGUGUCAGCUGACGCCCCAAGCCGCCGCCGGAAUCUAUAA